GGAUUUGCUUUAAGCGUAUUUUUCUACGGCUAUACGGCUAUGCAAAUUCCUGGCGGUUGGUUAGCCCAUAAGUUUGGUGGAUUCUCCAUAUUAUCAUUUUCAAUGCUCGUUAGCGGAAUCUUAACCUUACUGGAACCAAUUUUGAUUACUACGGGUUAUGCAGCAUUUAUUAUUUGUCGCAUCCUAAUCGGCGUUGCUCAGGGUCCAAUCUAUCCGGCUAUGAUUGAAUUCUGGAAAGAAUGGUCACAUCCAAACGAUAGAGCUCGAAUGGUUACCACUACGGAGAUUGGGGCUAGUAUUGGAACAAUCUUUGCAAUGAUCUUGCCAAGUGUGAUCGUUCAACGUUUGAACUGGUCUUCACCUUUCUACUGCUUUGGGAUUAUUGGUAUUGCAUGGCCGAUUUUAUGGAUUGCUGUAUCAAGUCGAACACCAAGAUCUCAUAACUGUUCAUGUAUGAAUGAAGUUUCGGCCUGCAUGCCAGAAUAUAAUGAAAUUCCAUGGAAAUUAAUUUUUACCUCGUUGCCAGUAUAUGCCUACGCCAUUGCUUUCUUUUGCGAAGGAUGGAUUCUAUUUACAGCUUUGACGCAUAUACCUAAAUUUUUACUGUUGCAUAGGGAAUACGAUAUUACACAUACUGGAAUUAAGUGUAUUAUUCCUUUUAUUGGCCAAAUGAUUAUGUUAUUUAUUAGUGGCUUUCUGUCAGAUCUAUUUAUUUCUCGUGAUUAUUUAAAACCUACUAUCGUCAGAAAAGGAAUUUACGUUAUCGGAAAUGUUAUCUCGGCCGCUUGCCUUAUUACGAUUGGUUUCCUCGAUGAUUUAAACGCUGCUCUAAUAUGUUUAUUUACGACUAUUAUAAUCGAUGGUGCUACUCGUAGCGUGAUGUUGGUUAAUCCUCUUGACUUAGCUUCGCCAUAUGCUGGUUUCAUCAUGGGAAUUGGGCAUGCAGCAUGUAAUUUAGCGGGAUGUAUCUGCCCACUUAUGGCAGGCCACAUUACCGAGAGUAUGGCUAUCGAAAGAUGGCGAUUUGUUUUUGGAAUAACAGCGGGUAUAAGUCUUCUAGGUGCAGUAGCAUAUAUUGUUGGUGGUUCAGCAGAAGAAAUCGAAGGAAUUUCAUCAAUGAAUAACAAAAACAAAUACAAAAGCCUUCCUACAGCAGACAGCGAAAAUGUUCAUUUGCUUCAAAAAGAAAAUGCUUCACCAGGAAUUAAUGACAAAUAAUUUUAAGACCAAUUCAGCAGGCUCUAUGUUAAUAAAUUACGUUAUCUGCAUGUGCUAUGAUAUCUAAAAUCAAUUCAAAUUUCAUGACUAAUAAAUUUUCAAGAUUAGUUAUUUAAAUGUUAAACUUCAUAACACACUAUGUUGAAUGACUAUAUCAUUGUUUGAUCAUUGCAAUAAUG